GAAAUGUCUGUGAAGUGUCAGAUGGAGCUUUCCAAAAAUGUUCUCGAUGGAUCAGAAAUAACUUAUAGGGGUGUAAAAAUGACGGAUUUUGUAAAUUUCUUUUUAGUUUACGCUCUAGUUUAACAAAUUUCAAUGAACUGUGUGUUACUGAAAACUGUGAGAAAAAGUUCAAUAAUCUCGGGUUCAAUAGAACUAGUGUUAUUUGCAUAAUACCCCGUAAGUUUAGGCGGCCACAGAGUUUUGCGGGCGAGCUGAAAGAGAAAGAACUUUUCGGUGGGGCGACUUGCAGUUUUUCCGAGUGCGAGAAUCCGAGUUGGCCAGGAAGGCUUUUUGUGCAAAUCACAUUGUUUUCCUUCCCAUUUUCUUAGUGUUUUAGGAUUACGCUAUUAAUGUUGUAUCUGUGAUCCUUUCGAAAAGUGCUGUGUCACCAUUUAGUAGCAAUUUGCGAAGAGAAGGGACAGAUUUCGCGACUUUGAGAGAAACGCCAGCAUCUCAGCCAUGUAUUGGGAUGGUUCCUACACGCCUUCUCAGCACAUUGAGGCCCUGCUCAACAAAGAAAAUGUCACGCUGCAGGAGAUUCUGGAGGAUCAGGACAUCCUCCAGGAGUGCCGGACACAGAAUACCAAAUUGGUUCAAUUCCUCAAUCGUCCGGACAUUCUGGAGGAGCUCGUGACACUAAUCACAACGGAGCCGCCAACAGAUGUUGCCGAGAGCGAACGCUUCAAGCAUUCCAAUCUGGCAUGUGAGAUUCUGACGAGUGAUCUACCGUCCCUCAAUCAGAGUCUCGUAGCAGAUUCGGCGAUUCUGCAGAAAUUGUACUCAUUCUUGGAGCAGAAACCCCCUCUCAAUCCACUCCUCAUGUCAUUCUUCUGCAAGACCUUUGGGAUGCUGAUUGCCCGGAAGCAGCAUCAAGACUGGUUUGCAUAUCAAUAUGUCUGCAUAACGGUGCUGGACUUCAUUAAGUCCCGCACGGAUUUUCUUGGAACGAUGCUCCAGCAUAUGGGCACACCGGUGAUCAUGGACCUGCUGCUGUACAUCAUAAUGCACAUUCAGGGUCCGGAGCUGAGGCAGAAUCUGCUGGAGUGGUUCAAUCAGCAGAAUCUCAUUGAGCGCCUAAUUGGGGCGCUGGGACAGGAGCAGGAUAGGGAGAAGCAUGAGAAUAUUGCCCAGUUCCUCGUUGAGUACAUUCGCGAGGGCAGACGGAAGCGACAGAGUGAGAAGGAGGAGGUCAAUCAGGUGGAUCUCCUGCUGGAGACGCUCGAAGAUGCGAAAACCACUGAACUCCUCCUGCGCACAAUUCUCGAUGCUGAGCACCAGAAUGACGGCAACAUUGUUGCCGGAAUUACCAUUAUUCUUGCCUUAAUUGAGUAUUUAACCACAAAUGAGCUUUCAGACGAUUCCGCCGUUCAGUAUCUCGUGAACAAGGAGAAGGAGCACCAUAUAACUGUGGUGGAAAAUAUCCUUGGAGUGUUGAAGCUUCAUAUAGGGAAAUUUCAUGAUCUACUUCUGAAACCACCGGAAAUGUCACCGAUGCUCCUCGAGGCGAAUGUAUCCAUUUUGCCAGCUUUUGGAAAUACAAGACUUCAAAUAUGCUGUCUAUUCACAGUAUUAAUAGAAACACAAGAUAGUGAUAUUAUCAAUGCAAUUUGUGCAACAGAUUUUUUUAACACAUUGCUCAACCUCUUUAAGCAAUACUGUUGGAAUAAUUUUCUACACAACCAUGUCAAUAAGUGUCUGCGCUAUGCACUCAAUGCUUUUGACACGGGUAUCGAUAGAGAAAAUUACAAAACUGUGUUGAAUUUGUCUGCCUUACAGAAACACGUGGUGGUUGAUUGCAAAGUAGUGUCAAAGUUGCUGGAUUGCUGGAUGUACAAUGAGAGUGAACAGGAGACGAAUCAAGGACGUCGCCUUGGCUAUAUGGGUCAUCUGAUUCAAAUUCUCGAUUCACUGGUUUCAAGUUACACAAUGUCUGAGGAACUUCGUGCCUUAAUUGAUUCGACACUAGUGGAGGAUGAGAUGGUGCUGUGGCAGAAGAUAAUUGCCGAGGAAGAUGGCGAGUUGACGGUUGAGAUGAAACAGCAGAAGCGCUUUCUUGCCGAUCAUAAUCCAUUUCAGGAUGACAACAACGUGGGACCCAAAGACUUCUACAACGAGGCAUCAGAUACGUUUAACGACUUUGGAGACUCCAUGCACUCUGCAAUAGAUGAAAUGCCCAAUAUGGCUAAUACAGAGGCCAUUGAUAACUUCUUCUCGGCUUACAUAUCAAGUGACCUGAGUUCGAGUAUUCUGAAUAAUCUAAAAGUUUGGCCAGAUGAUGAUUUGCUGGCGAACGAUGAGGAAGACUUUGAGGCAACGUGGUCAAAAGUUGAUGAUAAUAGGGAGGCAAGUGCAUUAACAUUCAUCAAUCCAUGGGAUUCCGAUGGUGCCACAUCAACUGAUGACCAACAACAGCAACCGCAGCAACAAUCCUGUGAUUCCGGCUGGGCCAAUUUCUCCUCGGACAAUUUUGCCGAUUUCGAUACGCACUUCAAUCAGUUCAGCUGUUCCAAUGAUAGCGUCGAAUUUACAAAUGCCACGAAUAAUGAUGAUGAUCGAACAAUUGCACUGGAUGACAAUCAAAAGGAAGAAAAUGCCGUGGAUAUUUCAGAAAAAGGCAACACCAUCAAUGAUCAGGAAAUCCAAAAGGAGAAAAAGGAUGAAGGAUCUGUGGAGGAUCAUGAAAAUAAGGAAGAAAGUACAGGUGUUGGUAGUGUAGAAAAAAUCCCAUCGGUUGAGGAAGGCAGCGAAAAUCCAAUUCAGACUGAUAAUGCAACCACUGAAAAUAAAAUCUGCGAUGAAAAUGCCAAAAAUGGAGACAACUCUCAAACUUCUGAAGAAGCUACUGACGUGCCAUUGAAUGUCGCAACAGAAAGUACCAAUGAUGAGGUGAUUGGCGAUUCUGCGGAGGAGCCAAAGAAGAAGGAAGACAGUGCCGACGAGAUACUUUCUAGCAAUGGACCAACUGAUAAUUCCAUUGACGUGGAACUCAAAAAUUGCAACAACAAUGAAAUAAAUGACUGCAAAAGUCAACCAACUUCCACCAAGACAGCAAUUGUGGCUGUUGAUGAAAAUAAUGCCACAACGCUGACCACUACCGUGGAAAAUGGACCGGCUUAAUACAUGAGGCAAAAGUCUAAAUGCAUGUAAGAAAAAAAACAUAGACUUUUUUGUUUUGUUGAAAAAAAAACAACAUUUUUCUUUCCAAAAUUAGCAUAACGCAACUCCCACCCGAUUUUAAAAAGAAUCCUCAAUUUGAGCCAGCAAUAGAAAUUGUAGAUAUUAUUCUUUUUGGGGGUAUAGAUAAAAAAAAACAACGCUUUAUCAGUUAUUAUGUAAAUUUGAUAUUCUUUCAAAGAUUUUCUUUUGAGUAUUUGCAGUAGAAAAAAAACACGUUUUCCCUUCGAAAAUGGCAACAUUUAGACAAAGAAAAAAAAAAACCAGUGGAACUUAUUUGCUACAACCAUAUCAUUCACACGGUAAAAAAAUUCUUUUAAAGUGUACUAAAAAAAAACCAUAAGGUAGGUAAUGACAAUUAAGGAAAAUUAAGAAAUACAAAAAAAAGAAAA